AUGUCUUAUUUUGAUGAUACGCGCAACAUUUCAUUAUACGAAGCAGUUGAAAUCAGAUUCAAAGAAUUAUGUUCUACAAAAGAUACUUUAUCAACAAGUUUUGUGUCAAUGAGAAGAUGA